AUGAUCGAAGUAAAGGCUGACUUUGCCUUACUCGACAGCGUUUGCCAGAAGUCCGAGGACUAUGACUUUUGCAUGUCAAGUUUUAGAGGGGACCCACGUACUUGUGCAGCUGAUCGAAAUGGUCUUGUCCUCAUCUCUAUUGCUAUAAAUAUUGAUUUAGUAGAAGCUACCAUUGAUCGAAUCCCACAUAUUCUUAAAUCGCUCACUGAUCCACUGGAUAAGAAACGAAUUCAUAAUUGCCUAACCGAUUUUAAUGAUGCAAAUGUAAAAUUGAGAGGUGCAUAUACGGCUUCAAGUGCAAGGUCUUAUUGGAAAGUGAUAGCUUUUAUUAGGGAUGUAGCUAGCAAAGCUAUAGAUUGUGAUGGUGAAUACAAAAAGAGCCCCCCUAUACGUCAAUCAUCGAUAUCAGACGAGACUUUUAAAGUUACUAAGCUAACUGAUAUUACUUUCGCUGUAAUUGAUUCUUUCAUUUCAACAUAA